AUGUUCACCCACUCGACCCCAGCGCCCGCAUUUCCUGGCUUUGGGAGUGAUUCGGUCGCUUCGCCAGGUGUUGCUGCCUCACCCACGUCCGCCGCCGCUGCCACUGGAAGCUCGGGCUCAACGUCGAGAACAAGCCGACUGCGCGGGCUGAGUUACCUCCGGAAUUACACCCAAACUCACAUCCUGUCGCGGGAUCACUCUUCGCCCACGACGACCACGCCCAACUCGCCUGUCAACGCCUCGGGACAUCAUUCCGUGACCUUGGCUCUACACACCGACACCACCCACCAAUCCGCCUCCAACCCGCAAGUCUCCAACUCGUCAAGCGGCACGGUCAGCAGCACCACCACCACGUCUGCUGGCCCUGGUUCGGGCCCCGAAGCCCCCACAGCCACAGCAGGUGCAAAAGCCGCCGCUAACAACAACAAUAACACCGCCAUCCCCAGCGCAAACAAUCUCGUCUCCGCAGCUCGCAAUCCGUCUCACCACGGCCGCGCCCAUCACCAGAAUUCCUCCUCUCUCUCCUCCAUCCAUAUCCCCUUCAUUUCCCGCGGCCACAGCGACCCUGCGCACCCCUCCCGACAUUCGCCUUCGCUAUCGACCAACGACGCGACUGUAAAUCCCAACCACUCGGCCUCGGUGCGGUCCAAUCGAACGCCCUUUUCUCUUCUCCCGCACCGUUCCCACUCCCUCACCGACGGCGUCGCUUCUGCAUCUCUGGAGUCGCCUACUGUUACCUCGCCGACGACAUCAGUACCUCCAGGGAUAGCUUCUCCUUCGGAUGACAACGGCAUUCGGGUGGCUGCAGACACUCUUCACAGCAACAGCUCCUCCACGGGUAACAUCAUUAGUAAUAACAAUAACGCGGCCACCAUGACCAGGGCUCGAUCCGCGACUACAAGCGACAUUGCGACCAGGGCUGAAACUGGUGGAAACAUGGAGUCGCUUCCCUCGAUACGUUUCAGCACCUUCUACGACCCUAGGGCGACACGCCCAUCGCUUACCUUCUCUCCGAUCUCACGCACUUUACCAACCGGAAAAGAAGUCAUUCGCGUCGGCAGAUAUUCCGAAAGAGAUAAACCUUCGGUGGUUCCGCAUAAUGUGCCCUCGGCAGCGCCCGUAGGAUUCAAAAGCAAGGUCGUCAGCAGGCGGCAUUGCGAGUUUUGGUAUGAAGACGGAAAGUGGUUUAUCAAAGAUGUCAAAAGCAGUAGUGGGACCUUCCUCAACCACAUACGCCUCAGUCCUCCAGGGACUGAAUCCAAGCCCUUCCCCGUCAAUGAUGGCGAUAUCGUACAGUUGGGAAUCGACUUCAAGGGAGGCGAGGAAAUGAUAUUCCGCUGUGUCAAAAUGAGGCUCGAGCUAAAUCGUGGCUGGCAGGCCAAACUCAACGCCUUCAACAUGCAAACGCACAAGAGGCUUAGAAACAUGACAGCCCAAAGUUCUGCGAAUGGCGCUUCCCAGUCAUACUCGCAAGACUGCUCGAUCUGUCUUAAUAGCAUAGGGCCCUGCCAGUCCCUGUUUGUAGCCCCUUGCUCGCAUACAUGGCACUACAAGUGCAUCCGAUCAUUGCUGUCGUCGCCAUCUUAUCCUCAGUUCAUAUGCCCUAAUUGCCGUGCCGCUGCCGAUCUUGAGGCUGAAGUUGACGAUCCGGAGGAUUGGGAGCAACUGGAGGCCGACGAACAGAUGGAAGACGCCGUAUACGUUCAAGAUGAAAGUCAAGCCAGCUCCAACGACGCCCAAGCUCGACCGGCAGCGGUUACGUCGAGUCACCAACACGAAACAGACGCUAGCGGUGACGUGACGAUGCUGUAUUCGAACCCGCAACAGUCCGCUGUAUCUAAUCCUUUCGACGGGACUAGCCGUCCCGUGGUCUCGCAUCACUCAACGUCGCAGCCAGUGCCCAUUCGGCAGAACCCAGCUGCAGUCAAUGGUCAAGCAGGUGAAGGUUUUCGAGAUGCCGCCAGAACUCCGUCGCCCACUGGAAUCGUUCACGCGGUUAGCACUCACGAGGGUCCGAUCACACCACGUAACGACGUUGGGCCUUGGGUCUUUGAUGGUGGCAGCACCACACGCACGCGAGCCAACGGAGAACCCGACAAUGUUUCGAGACUAGCCAGUCUCGAAGCCGCAGUCGCAGGUGCUCACAUCACUGGGGCCACUGGGAGUACAUAG